AAGUGCAUUAGUUCGCCUUCUCUCUCGAUCAACACUCAACACUCAAAAAGUUUCUUUUUCUCUUUAUUAUUAGUUUAUUUACACCCUUUAAUCUCCGCCACUCUACCUCUCUCUCUAUUCCCUCUCCGUCGACUCUCAUUACUUAGCUUCGAAGUUUUUCUUCGCAAACUUGUCUCAAUAUGCUUCCACUCACUCCUCCCCCACCCAAAAUGCAGAAGCAGAACAAACCCACCCCUCUCAAUCAGAUUGUAGUAUCAAAGCUAGUCGUGGUGGAUCAACAAACUCAUCCUCCAGAACUCACCUCCACCAAAUCAAGAACAGCCACUCUACUCCGGCCUCCUCGCAGGACCAACCCCAUCAUCUGGUGUGCCGCAGUCCUGUGCCUUAUCUUUAGUCUUCUUCUAAUCCUCGCCGGAAUCGCCACCUUGAUCUUAUUUCUUGUCAUUAAGCCCAGACACCCUUUGUUUGACACCGUCGGCGCAAACCUCAAUAGCAUCUACGUCGAUUCGCCUGAGUAUCUUAAUGGCGACUUCGCCUUCCUUGCAAACUUCUCCAACCCAAAUAGGAAAAUCGAUGUAAGAUUCGAAUACUUGGACAUAGAGCUCUACUUCUUCGACAGGCUUAUUGCGACUCAAGCUCUGCAGCCCUUCUCCCAGAGGCGGGGAGAGACGAGGUUGGAGUCGGUUCGCAUGGUGUCAAGCGAGGUUUAUUUGCCUCCGAAUCUUGCGAUGGAGCUUCAAAAGCAGGUGCAGAACAACAGGGUUGUGUACAAUAUGCCAGGUUGAGAUGACUGGUCCACCCACCGGUA